UAAAACUUAAAACGCGUGAGAGACAAAGUCGUGGCUGAAAUUUAUGUUAUAGCUUCCAGAACGUACAGCUAAUGGUUAAAAUAAAAUGCUGAAAUGGAGUGCCGUGCAUCUCUCUCUCUGUAGCUAAGCAAUGGAAGGCAUGCUUGUUUGUCCUGGAAACUAUGCGCCUUUGACUCCAAUUAGCUUUCUAGAGCAGGCAGCCAUUGUUCAUGGGGAUAAGACAUCCAUUAUCUAUGGAGCUACAAGGUUUUCUUGGAGACAAACUUAUGAUAGAUGUCUGAAGCUCGCUUCUGCUUUGGUCAACUUGAAGAUUUCUCCUGGUGAUAUUGUUGCAGCUUUGGCACCAAAUAUUCCAGCACUCUAUGAACUCCAUUUUGGUGUACCAAUGGCAGGGGCAGUUCUUUCUGCACUCAAUGUCAGGUUGGAUGCAGCCAUGUUGGCAUCGAAACUACAAGAAUUGGAGGCCAAGAUAAUAUUUGCAGACCAUCUGUUUGUUGAAUUAGCCCAGAGAGCACUAGACACACUCUCUUAUAAAAAUCUCAACCUACCCCUCCUUGUGUUGAUCCCAGAGUGUCCCUCAUUAGAUGAAUUACACAAACCCAACGAUGGUACUCUGGAAUAUGAUGGUGUUCUUGAAAUGGGAAGAGUUGAUGACUUUGAGAUAGUAAGGCCAGGCAAUGAAUGCGAUCCAGUUUCAGUGAAUUUUACUUCAGGCUCUACUGGGGUUCCGAAAGGAGUUAUUUAUAGUCACAGAGCUGCAUAUCUGAACUCAUUGGCUCAGAUAUCUCGCUUCGACAUGGGAGAGUCUCCAGUGUUUCUUUGGGCAGUGGACAUGUUUAGGUGCAAUGGGUGGUGCUUCCCUUGGACUAUGGCUGCUCUUGGUGGCACCAAUAUCUGCCUUAAUAAUGUCUCUGGAAAGUCCAUAUUUAAUGCUUUGGCUAUUCACAGGGUGACUCACAUUUGUGGUGCACCGUCUAUUUUGAUCAAAAUUGCUGAUUUUGCACAAGAAGUUAGUCAUCCAUCAAGGCCACUUCCAUGGAAGGUUCAUGUCAUUGUAGCCGGUGCAUUGCCAACAACUCAGGUUCUGAUGAAGGUUGAAAAAAUGGGAUUCUAUCUUAGCCAUGGCUAUGGCAUGACUGAGGCCCUUGGUCCUGUAAUAGUUAGACCAUUGAAAACCAGUUCUCAACAUGAAAAGAUUAGACCUCAAGAUCCCAUCAACAACCACCUUCUGGUUGAUGUCAAAGAUCCUGAAACAACGAAAAGUGUGCCCCAGGAUGGCAAAACCAUUGGUGAAGUCAUGUUUAAGGGCAAUCUUUUGAUGUCAGGGUACUUUAAAAACCCAAAAGCAACCCAUGAAGCAUUCAGGGGUGGAUGGUACCACACAGGGGAUCUUGCAGUGAGGCAACCAAAUGGUCACAUUCAAAUGAAGGAUAGAGCAAAAGACAUGAUCAAUUUUGGGGGAGAACCCAUAAGCACACUAGAGAUUGAAGCUGUGUUGAAUAUGAAUCCAAAGGUUUUGGAGUCUGCUGUGGUUGGAAAGAGGUUGGAAAAUGAUCAUUUAAAGGAAACGCCUUGUGCUUUUGUGCAACUUAAAGAAGGGUUUAACGCAAGUGCUGAAGAGAUUGUUGAGUUCUGCAGGGACCAUUUGCCAAAUUUUAUGGUUCCAUAUACUGUAAUUUUUGGAGAACUACCAGUAAAUUCAACUGGAAAGGUACAAAAGUUUGUUCUUAAGAAGGCGGCCAAUGUCAUACAUAGUUGUUGAAUGUUUGUUGUUUUUGACUGAAAAUGAAUUUCAAUUAUAAAA